AUGUCUUUCAGCAAGAUCUCGCUCGCUGUCGUGGCGCUCUUAUCCUUCGGACAUGUCGACGCCCAUAUGGUCAUGCAUCAGCCCUUUCCCUUCGACAAAGGCCUCAACACCAACCCCCUAAACAACGCAAAACCCGGAAGCGCUGGCUCAGACUACCCUUGCAAGCAACGCCCGGGUGUAUACGACAUUGGCGAGCAUGGCGUGAACAACAUGGCGGUCGGCUCACCAAUCGCGCUCACCUUCAACGGAUCCGCAUCUCAUGGCGGAGGAACUUGUCAAAUUGCGAUAUCCCUUGAUGAGGAGCCGGACUUCAAGUCGGUGUGGAAAGUCAUCCAGGUGUACGAAGGCGGCUGUCCGACUACCGGAGAUGGCAAUUCCGGCUCCAACAACUUCACAUUUCAGAUACCGAAAGGUUUCCCAGAUGGCCGAGCGACACUUUCUUGGACCUGGUACAACAAAAUCGGCAACCGUGAGGUCUAUCAGAACUGCGCGCCGAUUGAUAUUACAGGCGGGUCUGGCACCAAAGAAGUCUACGACAGUCUACCAAACCUCUAUCUCAUCAACUUGCCUACUUCAGAAUGCUCUUCCGUGGAGACAACCGACCUUGAAGUUCCACAUCCAGGU